AUGACGCUAUCCUACCCAAAUCCGUCGCUGUCGGAAAUGGCGGAGGGCAGUGAAAGGCUGGGGUCGACGGUCGACGAGGCAUCUCAAGAGCAAGCACGGACGCCGAGUCCGUCCAUGAGCACGCCCAUCCGCCGGAUUUUACUAACGGUGAUCAUCCUCUCGGGCCUCAUGUUUUCGUGCCUCGAUACCUCCAUCGUCUCGACUGCCCUCUUUACUAUUUCGGUCGACUUUGACAACUACCAGGACGCUCCGUGGACCAUCCUGGGCUAUCUUCUAACUUAUAUGAGUUUUGCCGUGGGCCUGUCAAAGCUGAGCGACAUCUACGGCCGACGAAACCUCCUCGCCGUCUCCUGGGUACUCUUCUCGGGCUUCUCGAUAUGGUGCGCUCUUGCAGGAAACAUGAAUCAAUUAAUUGCGGCUCGCGCGCUGCAAGGGAUCGGAGGCUCAGGCCUAUAUAGUUUAGCCCAAGUCUGCCUGAUCGAGCAGGGACCCAACCGGCCCGAAGUCGUUGGCGCCUUGGUCGGCAUCACCCUGUCCAUUUCGUACAUCCUGGGUCCGCUUCUCGGAGGCGCAAUCUCGAACUGGACAUGGCGAGGUGUUUUCUGGAUCAAUGUCCCCUUCGGCACGGUGGCUUUGAUAGGAAUCUACACACUCUGGCCCGAAGAACGGCGGAAGAAGUACGACGCCUGGACGGCCAUCUCCAAGAUCGACUUCAUCGGCAACAUGCUGCUCGUCGUGGCGUCAAUCCUGCUGGUUUUUUCCAUCCAGGAGGGCGGAUCAUUUGUCUGGAGUUGGUCCAGCCCGGUCAUAAUAUGGUCUUUGGUUGUGUCUGGUGUGUGCUGGGUGCUUUUGGCCCUCUGGGAGUCGUAUCUCUUUUACGGGAAAUGCCAGGUCAUCCAGCCGAUUUUCCCGCUGCGCUUGGCCAUGGGCCGCGUCUACUUGUCAGGUUUGAUCGUAACCCUCCUCACUGGAUUUGUGUACAUUUCCCUCGUAAUCAAGAUCCCCGAGCGCCUCCAGGUCAUCUACGGCGACAACGCGCUCCAAGCCGGGAUCCACCUCCUGCCGCUGCUCGGCCCCUGUGCCUUUGGCUCGUUUUUGGGCGGGGUCCUCUCAAAGAAGCAAAACCUGACCAGCCAGACGCUCAUGGCGGGCUGCGCCCUGCAGGCGCUCGGCAUCGGCCUGGUAUACGGCCUGGCCCAGCCCGAGUCCCGGCUGCACCUGCUCCUCGGCUUCACGGCCAUCUACGGGCUCGGUGUCGGGCUCUGCUUCUCGGCCUGCACCAUCAUCGCGGCGAUCGAGGCGCGCUUCGCCGACUUCGCCGCCGCUCAGGGUGCCGUCGCGCAGGCCCGCGUCUUCGGCGGCGCGCUCGGCCUCGCCGCGUGCACCAUCGUCUUCAACGAGAAUCUGCGGCGCGCCCUUGGCUCGUCGUCGCCGUCGUCGUCGGGCGGCGGCCUCACCGACGAGCAGCAGCUCGGCCAGAUACAGCACGGACCCGUGGUCUUGGCGCCGCAGGCGUCGGGAGUCGCAGACUCGGUGAUCAGACGGGUGCAUCUAGCGGCGUUCAAGGAAGAGAUGCUCGUCAUGACCGUCUUCGCCGUCGUCGCCGUCGUCGUCAGCCUCGUCACGUACAAGUCCAAGCCCGCCCUCGUCGCCCAGACUAUUGCCCAUCACAAGGAGUCUGCUUCCCGCGCCAGCGAUACCGAGCUCGAGACCACGAGCAGUGUCCGUUCUCUGAUACGCUGAUUAGCCCCUCCCGCCUACCCCUUGUCUUCUCAUUAUUUCUUUUCUCCGCCUUCUGUGGCUGCUGGGAGAUGUAACUUUUUCUUUGGCAUUCCAACUUGGGGAAUUCGUGUAUAAUUUGCCGAGCUUGUGUAUGCCUGUAUGAGGGUCGUUUUUACUUUUGCUCGCAAACUGUUGAGGGACUGUUUGUCUUAUUCUACACUCACCCGGCAACUUAUUAGGAUAGCUUCGUUUUCUUUCUUUAAUUUUCUUUCUGUGGCCGGCGCUUAGUUCCUGCUGAACUUUUUCUUUUUUGGCCUUCUUUUACUGGUCUUAUUCAGUACUGGAAAUCGGCGUCCAUAGUCAGGUGCUGAUUAUUUCGUAGAAUGCAAAUUUUUUUCUUUCUUCUAAUGAUCUGCCUCGCAGAAGUGCAAUCCUACUAUCGUGGGUGCCAAGGUAUUCGUCAUGUGGGUCCUGGCCCAGGUUAGGGGCUUCAGGGGUUGCCUUGCUGCAGGU